CCUCACCAUUAUUCACACAAAUGCAAUUACAAUGCUCUCCACAUCCAAGACUUCAUAUAACUUGUGAACCCAGGGCCCUUUGCGGGAUGCCUCCACUGCAGCUGCGCACUAGAACGGCCGAGCCAGUCAACUUCAAAUCCCAGAAUCCCUGGGUCCCGGAGUGGACUACAUUUCCCAGAGGCCUGCGAGUCCGCCAUCCUCGGAGCCCCCCACCCCACUCCCGCCAGCCCCGCCUCCCCUGUGAGCUUCAGCUGGCUGCAGGGCGUCUGUUGCUCUGUUCGCAGCUCGGGGCCGAGCUCCCCGGGCUGAGUCUCCACGCGUGGUGGCUCGGAGCCUUCAUGAGGUGUAGCGGGAGCCAGAGGGAGAUCACUUUCUGGAGACUGUACCCAUCCUUGAGAAAAGCCCAGAAAGAGAACAUGGCUCCAGAGCAAAGGGAAGGGAGGUCUCAGGUGUCGGUGACAUUUGAGGAUGUGGCUGUGCUCUUUACUCGGGAUGAGUGGAAGAAGCUGGAUCCCUCUCAGAGAAGCCUGUACCGUGAGGUGAUGCUGGAGAACUACAGCAACCUGGCCUCACUGGGAUUUCCUUUUACCAAACCAAAGAUGAUCUCCGUGUUGCAGCAAGGAGAAGAACCCUGGAAAGCAGAGAAAGAAGGUCAUGGCGGCUCCUCUCUUGGAUGCAAUAGCAGUCUUCAAACCACAAAAUCAACUCAAACUAAAGAUUCAUCAUUUCAGGGAUUAAUGAGGAAACAACUCAAAAGAGAUGAGUCCUGGGACUUCACCUCAGGAAAAUUCUGCAGAGCUGACAACAGUUUUAAAAAGCAGGACAAAAAUGAAAGCUUACAAAUAAUUUCAGUCACCCAUACAAAAAUCCUUACUGUAGAUAAAAGCCAUAAGAAAUUUGAAUUUGGUCCAAACAUCAGCCUGAAGUCAGUUGGUAAGCAAAAGAUUUCUAGAGGAAAAACACAAAGAAAUAGCCUCAAGGAAAAUUCAAAUUCACUUAAUCAACCAAAACGCUAUAAAUGUAGUACUUGUGAAAAAGCUUUCAUGCACAACUCAUCCCUUCGAAAACAUCUGAAAAACCAUACUGGAGAGAGAUUAUUUCAAUGUAAAGAAUGUUUGAAAGCUUUCAGCCAAAGUUCUGCUCUUAUUCAACAUCAAAGAACUCAUACUGGAGAGAAACCCUACAUAUGUAAAGAAUGUGGGAAAGCCUUCAGCCAUAGUGCUUCCCUUUGUAAGCACCUAAGAACUCAUACUUUGGAGAAAUCUUAUACAUGCAAAGAAUGUGGAAAAUCCUUUAGCAGAAGGUCUGGCCUUUUUUUGCAUCAAAAAAUCCAUGCCCGUGAAAAUCCUCAUAAAUAUAAUCCAGGUAGGAAGGCAUCCACUUCUCUUUCAGGAUGUCAGAGAAUUCAUUCCAGAAAAAAGACCUACUUGUGUAACGAAUGUGGCAACACCUUUAAGUCUAGUUCAUCCCUUCGUUACCACCAGAGAAUCCACACUGGAGAGAAACCUUUCAAAUGCAGUGAAUGUGGCAGAGCCUUCAGUCAAAGCGCAUCACUUAUUCAACAUGAAAGAAUUCACACUGGAGAAAGGCCCUACAGAUGUAAUGAAUGUGGAAAAGGCUUCACUUCUAUUUCGAGACUCAAUAGACACCGAAUAAUUCACACUGGGGAGAAACUGUAUAAUUGUAAUGAAUGUGGCAAAGCCUUAAGUUCCCAUUCAACUCUUAUCAUUCACGAGAGAAUUCACACUGGAGAGAAACCAUGUAAAUGUAAAGUUUGUGGGAAAGCCUUCAGACAAAGUUCAGCUCUGAUCCAACAUCAGAGAAUGCAUACUGGAGAAAGACCUUAUAAGUGUAAUGAGUGUGGGAAAACAUUCAGGUGUAACUCAUCUCUCAGUAACCAUCAACGAAUUCAUACUGGAGAGAAACCUUAUCAAUGUAUAGAAUGUGGGAUGUCAUUUGGCCAAAGUGCAGCUCUUAUUCAACAUCAGAGGAUUCACACAGGAGAGAAGCCCUUUAAAUGUAACACUUGUGGGAAGAGUUUUCGACAAAGCUCCUCCCUUAUUGCACAUCAGCGAAUUCAUACUGGAGAGAAACCCUAUGAAUGUAGUGCAUGUGGGAAGCUCUUCAGUCAGAGAUCCUCCCUUACCAAUCAUUAUAAAAUUCAUAUUGAAGAGGACUCUUUGAACACAGAUUUGCAUGAGUAAAAGCAAUUAACCAAAGUUCCUCAGAAUAUAUACUUCAUAUUGACUUAAUAUAGUGAAUAUGAGGAAACUUUCAGUUUAGGCCUGUGAGACUAAAAUUAUAAGGAUAAACAUUGGUUAUAUAAUAAUAGAGAAAAUUUGCUACCUUUCAGUCAUUUUUUAAGAUCAGAUACUUCGCAGUUGCAGAUAUUAACAUGGGCUGUUUAUAAGGUAAAAUGAACACUUUUUUAUUUGUCUGCAUAAUAUAUAAUAUAUGCAAUAUAUAAACACUAGAAAAGUCUGAGUUCAGGAGGGCUGUGCUUUUGUUAUUAGCAAAAGGAAUAUCAGCUAUUAGCAUAUUUACUAUAACUAAUAUUUUAAUAGUGAAUAACUAAACUAUAUGCAUUUUUGAAGCAAGGGACCAAAUUUUAAAAAAAACAAAAACUACCUCACAGUGUCUGAAAUUUUCAUUUUCCUAUGCUGUUGUCAAACUGCAUGAUUUUUAUUAAAGAGAAAAAAUUGUUCUUAAAUUUUUGUGCUUCUAAUUUUCUAACUUUCCUACAAACCUCCCAUACUUAAUAUACAUAUUCUAAUUUUGUGCUGUGAAUUAUUUUCCUUCAUUGCCUUGAAUCAUUAAUUUUUUUUUUUUUUUU